GCCAUCCCUGUCUCACAGGCACCAUCCACCUCCUUGUUGUCCGGAUCUCCGACAAAACAUCGGUACGAACGGCAGUCGUAGACGGCACGGAAGCAUUCGUUGGCUUUCGCCUACAGUGUCUGUAGGGAAUCGAAAAAGCCGGGUCCGUGGUGAUUUGCCCCCUUUUGGACUAAGAGCGAAAGCGGACAGCAGGGCCAGGCGCGGUCCCCUCCUUUCGGCCUAAGCCAGCUUCGCUUGUUAGUCUUCCCUUUUGGAGCACGCGCACCUCCCACCCAAAGGUCGCAAGCCUCAGACUAGGUCAUCAUGUCGCAACAGAGGCGUUCCAUCAUCAAGCACCCGCACGAGUACUCUGGCGCACCGCAGAUUCUCUCGCCCACCGAGGGCUUUGGCGAGCGCUUUGAUCCUUCCUUUCUCAACAGCGUCACCGAGACGGCGCAGACGCCGUCGCAGUCGCAGCCGCAGUCUCAACAACAUCAGAUUGGCGGCGGAAUGUCAGCUGGAGGAGGAGCAGAGGCCAAGGCAAGCGAGCUGCAGCACCCCUUCGAUCUCGUGCCUCAACGGAGUGCUCCGUUGCCCCCGGGCGCCAGCCCGACAACACCUUCGUCCUCAUCGUCAUCAGCCGGGCCGAUGGGCACUUAUAGAUCAAGCAGUCAAGUCAACAAUCGUGCUUCAUACGGCUACCGGCCAGGCGGCCCUGGUCCAGGUGCUGGCUUGCCUCCAUCGUCAUCAUCAGCAUCACCAUACGCUAGUCUGUCUCAGUCGAACAACGGCGCGAUGUAUGGCGGUUCAGGGUCAGGGGCACCCACUCGCAUGGGUGCGUCAAAUAUGGAGAGCCCUGGAGGACGGCCUCCCAAGCCCAUGCGGUCGAACACGACAGGUCCCGAAGGCUUCUCGCCCCUGCAGACAAAUACGUCGUCCACCCCGAGCGGAUUCGCACCUGCCAGAUCACAUGCAUCGGUCAGCGGGCCGGCUCCUUCGCCUCCCAUUGGCGGUGUCUCAUCACCUAUUCUCGAGGGGACUUCUGCAAGCUGGGAGGGAGACAACGGCGGCCCAACUCCCUCGCCUGGUCAGCUUUCGGCCCCCCAGCAACGCAAUCGCGACGGGCUGGGUCCAGGGUCAAUGGGACCAGGAGGUCGAAGUACCUUUAAGUCCGUCUUUGGAGGCUUUGUCAAUUCCAUGAGCGACGUCUUUUCGCAGCAGCGCAAGAUUGAGAUCUCGACGCCCUACGAUCCCGUCCACCUCACUCAUGUAGGUUUCAAUUCCGACACGGGCGAAUUCACGGGCUUGCCAAAGGAGUGGCAGCAGCUUCUCCAGGAGAGCGGGAUCUCGAGGCAGGACCAAGAGGCCAAUCCUCAGGCUGUCAUGGAUAUUGUCGCCUUCUACCAGGAUGCGACAAAGGGCGUGGGCAACGACGACGACAUCUGGAAAAAGUUCGGUGGUGCCAAGGGUACAUCCACGCCAGGCACGCCGUCGAGCAACGGGAGCAGGCCAGGGACGACAGAGGGCAACACAACCGCCCCGCUUCCCGGCGGCGUCCUGUAUGAGAAACCAAGGGCUGCGCCAGUGCCACCGGGCUCGCAACCCCCGCGAAAGGCACCCCCGCCUCCGUCUGGUGCCUCCCGAGCAGACAUUGAGCACAUGAAGGCGUCGAGGCCCGCGCCUGCGCCCGCGUCGCCUUCCAUUUCCUCGUCGUCGUCAGCGCGCUUCGCGUCUCCGAGCGGUGGAGCUUCUUCGUCCUCGUCAACUCCGAGCUCCAAGCCCAGCACACAGUCGAGCCAACGUAUGGGACCGCCGACAUUGCAGAAGCCCGUGGCGGGUUCCUCGUCUGCGGCCGCCGCAUCGUUGCCGUCAUCGGCAGCUGGCGCGGCGACAUCACCGGGAGAAGAGCCGAAGAAGAAGCCCGGCAACAACGCGCCAGGUGCCACGCCUCGCCGCCGAGAGACCAAGAAGAACACGAUGAAGGAUUCGGACGUUGUCGCACGCCUGCAGGCCAUCUGCACUGAUGCCGAUCCCACCAAGCUGUAUCGCAACCUCGUCAAGAUUGGUGCCGGGGCUUCGGGAGGUGUCUACACCGCCUACCAGGUCGGGUCGAACUUGUCGGUGGCCAUCAAGCAGAUGAACCUAGAGCAACAGCCGAAGAAGGACCUUAUCAUCAACGAGAUUCUCGUCAUGAAAGAGUCGCGACAUCGCAACAUUGUCAACUACAUCGACAGCUUCCUGCACAAGGGCGAUCUCUGGGUCGUCAUGGAGUACAUGGAGGGCGGCAGCUUGACCGACGUUGUCACAUGCAACAUCAUGACCGAGGGGCAGAUUGCCGCCGUCUGCAAAGAGGUUCUCGACGGUCUCAAGCACCUCCACGAGCAUGGAGUCAUUCAUCGCGACAUCAAGAGCGACAAUGUGCUGUUGAGCAUGCGAGGCGACAUCAAGCUGACCGACUUUGGCUUUUGCGCGCAGAUUGGCGAGUCGCAGGCAAAGCGGACGACAAUGGUGGGCACACCUUACUGGAUGGCGCCCGAAGUUGUCACGCGCAAAGAGUACGGUCCAAAGGUUGACAUUUGGAGCUUGGGCAUCAUGGCCAUUGAAAUGGUCGAGGGAGAGCCACCGUAUCUCAACGAGAACCCAUUGCGAGCCCUCUACUUGAUCGCGACCAACGGAACGCCCAAGAUUCAGAAUCCAGAGAACCUGACGAGCACUUUCCGCGACUUCUUGCGAACCUCACUUGAUGUUGAUGCUGAUCGACGACCUGACGCGGCAGGCAUGCUGGAGCAUCCUUUCUUGAAACGACCGGAAUCGCUGAGGACGCUGGCGCCCCUCAUCAAGGCGGCAAGAGAACAAGCAAAGUCGCCGAAAUAGUGAUCCAGAACACAUGUCACUUCUUGCAGCUCUGUAUAAUCUCCUCACCUUUCUCGUUUCCACAUACACACGCACAUAAACACACCCAACACAAUCUGUCUCUCUCUCGACCUCGUCGCUCUGCCAUCACGUCGCAAUCUACUCUCUUGGCUUAUCCAUCUCUCUCUCCUCUCCUCUCCUCUCCUCUCCUCUCCUCUCCUCUCCUCGCCUCUUCCACUCCCGGGCAUUUAGAAUGAAACCUGGCCAAUGAACCCUUGUUUCCAUA